AUGACCAAUGUUAGUAAUUAUGCUAUAGCUAUUAUUCUAUGUCUUCAAACAGCAUGUCAAUGUGUUGUUUCAACUGUUGGACAAUAUAUUUAUGCAUAUUAUUUACAAACAUAUCCAUCAUCAUCAAAUACAACUCAAAAUCUUACUAAAAUCAUAAUUCCUUCAUUUAAUCGUUUAAAAAUUGUUCAUACUGUUUUGACACAGUGUAUAGAUAAUACAACUAGUAAUUCUUCAAAUAGUAAUGCUCAAAUAUGGGCACAAGAACAAUCAGCUGAUUUAUUCUUUCGAAUUAAUUUAUGGAAUAGUUGUCCAAUGAUUAUAAUGACGUAUAUUCUUGGAUUAUAUACUCCAAAAUUAGGUAGACAAUUUGUUCUUAUAUUACCUAUGUUAGGUACUACUGGUCAAUUAAUUAUCUGGUUAGCAAUUAUUUAUUUACGUUUAGCUGAUUAUUGGUGGUAUAUCGCAAGUUUUAUUGUUGAUUUUGUACUGAAUUUAAUCAUUAUAGACAAUACAAAAGAAGAUAAUCGAUCAUCUCGUUUUGUUUUAUUUGAAGCAUUAGUAACAACUGUUUCUGCUAUAAGCACAUUUUCUACUGGUUAUUAUAUUAAUUGGCGUGGUUUUACAGAUCUUUAUUGUAUUUCAUUAGGAUUACAAAUUGUUUCGAUUAUAAUUGUUAUUUUCUUUUUUAAAAAUACUUUUCAUAUAAUCGAUGAAAGAACUUGUCUAUUAUCAUCAUCGAUUCAAAAUAAUAAUGAUAUUCAACUUAAAGAAUCACGUUCUUUAAGAACGACAUGUAAUGAUUGUUUCAUUAUUUUGAAAAUAUUUGGUUUUAAAAAUCGUUCAUAUAAAAAAUCAAUUAGUCUUCUUUUAAUUCUAUUCGCUUAUAUUUUUUAUCUAUUAGCAUAUUCAACAUAUACAUCAUUUCUUUGGUAUCUACUUGAUAGUCCAUUUUGUUGGUCAUCAGAAAAUGUUGGAAAUUAUAUGGCAUUAUCUUCAAUAUCUUGUGCUAUUUUUAGUUUACUCGGAAUGAAAUUCUUUACAUAUAUUGGUGCUAAUGACACAUUAAUUUGUAUAUUUAGUCAUUUAUGUUUUACUAUAUCGUCUCUUUGGAUUGCAUUUGCUAAACAUAGUUGGCAAUUAUAUGCAGGAUUAUUAAUAAGUCCUUAUGCUGAUUAUCAAAAUCCUUUAACAAUACCAAUGUUAUCAAAAUUAUUGGAAGUUCAUGAACGAAAUCAUGCAUUUACAUUUGUAGCUGAAGUAACUACAAUUAUAACAACUUUUGGAGAUUCAAUUUUUAAUUGGGUUUAUGCACAAACAGUAGUUAAUUUUCGAAAUUUGACUUUAUUAAUGGCUGCUGGAUUUAGCAUUAUUUCGUUUAUUUUAAAUAUAUGUCUACUUGGUGUAACACAUCGAAUACCGAAUGACGAUCAAGUUUCAAUUCCUGAAUCGGAACCAUUUCUUUUACCAAAUAAUAAUAACAAUAAUAAUCAUAUAGCACAUUUGGGUGAUGUUAUUGGUUCAUCAUUACUAUAUUCAACAUUUGUUUCACAGACAUCAAAUAAAAAUAGAUCUCGAAUCAACUCAGAAUCAUCAACAGACAACAAGAUGAUAACAACAGAUAAUCAUUUAAUUCUUUGA